AAUAGACUUCAGUUUCGAAAAUUUGAAACCCGUUUCUCUCUCACUCAAUUUGGGGGCAACUUAUCUCUCUAGGGUUCCAAAUCCGACCAGCGAAAGGCAUUUCUCUUCCUCUCUCUCUCUCCUCUUCAACUCCAGUGUUGAAUUCGUAAGGGAAUUUGGAAUUCCUGAUUGCUCCAGCUUCCAAUUGUUAUGACUGUGUUCUUCGGUGGUUAGAUUUGCUUAAUCGAAGAUUAGGGAUGGUGGAUGCUCCUAAAGAUAGUAAUGUGAACGGUAGUCGAAGUUUUUUUGAGAGUUUGGUAGGAUCCUCUGAUGUUGAGGAGGUGAAGGAUAAUGGUGUUGCGGUCGGUUCUGAAACUGGGCCUUCGGGAUCGGGAGGGGAUAGUUUGCUUACCUAUAAGAGGCGAAAGAGCAUCAAGACCAUGGAUUCAGCGAGUCAGCUGAGUGAGAAGAAAGGUGCAGAUUGUUCCAAUGGUUGCUUACUCAAUCACAAACGAAACAUUAUUCUGGAUCAAAUCUGCCAGUCGCUUGAUAGUGGCGGAUUGAAGAAAAGCAUAAAAAGUGCACUUGUUUUUCCAGCAUCAACUACUCUUGGAACUACUAUAAAGGAUUCUAUCUGUUCUUCUGAAGACUGGAGCAAAACCACAUCUCAGACUGGCAUUCUAUUUGAUGAUCUCCAGAAUGCAACUAAGUCUAAUGUAGGUUUGACAUCUAGUGGAUCAGUCAACGGACCAAAUACUACAACAUUCACAGAGCGCAGCAGUUGCACCUUUAUGGAUGUUUUUAUGUCAGAACAGUUUGCACAGCUAUGCAGUCUACUUCUUGAAAAUUUUGAAGGCAUAAAGACAGACAAACUCUUUGAUUUGAAUCACAUAAACACAAGGAUGGAGGAGAAAGCAUAUGAACAGUCUCCAUUGCUAUUUCAGUCUGAUGUUCAAGAGAUUUGGGCGAAGCUCCAGAAGGUUGGCUCUGAUAUAACUGCUCUUGCAAAGUGCCUAUCAGAUAAAACUGUGACUGCUUUCAAUGAACAGUUCCUUGUGCACACUAAACCCGAGCUGACAGAGACACGUGCUCUUGAUGAAGCAUACACCUGCAGGUGUUGUAGGAAAAGGGCAGAUGGAAACACUCGUUUGGUCUGUGAUUCGUGCGAGGAGAUGUAUCAUAUCUCCUGUAUCGAGCCUGCCAUUACAGAAAUCCCUACUAGAAGUUGGUAUUGUGCCAACUGUAGAGCAAAGGGAAUUGAAUCCUCACACGAGAACUGCAUAGCUUGUGAGAGGCUAAAUGCCUUUGUGUCGUCACCAUGUGAUGGCAGUGGUGGAGAAGACGAGCUUGAGAAUGAUGUAACAACAGAAGAGUUAGAGGGGAGUUCAAAUGAGUUAGUUGCCGAUGACAAGUUUCAGCACUGCACAGUAUGUAGAACUGAAGUUGGUAGUGACGGAGAAUAUAGAAUCUGUGGGCACAACUUUUGUCCUCAUAAGUUUUACCAUGAGAAAUGUUUAACUACUAAACAGCUUAUCUCGCAUGGCCAGUGUUGGUAUUGCCCUUCCUGUCUGUGCCGAUCUUGCUUAACUGAUAAAGACGAUGAUAAGAUUGUUCUAUGUGAUGGCUGUGAUCAUGGUUACCACAUCUAUUGCAUGCAGCCACCGCUCUCGACCAUACCAAAAGGGAAAUGGUUUUGCCAAAAAUGCGAUACUGGCAUCCAGCAUAUCCAGAGAGCCCGGAGGACGUACGAGCAUAUGCAAAACGCAUCCAGAAAGAGAGCCUUGAAUGGGAAACUAAAGUGUAGUGAGGCUUUGAACAAAUCAGGUGGAGUGGAUAUGCUUCUAAAUGCAGCCAAAACUCUGAAUUACGAAGAGAAUCUGGCUGCCACUGCAUCAUCUGGACGAGACAUUUUUGCAACAGGUUGACUUUUGACUUAGAUCAUCCCUUUUUUAGGAGACGGAUUUCUGCGUUUGUCCUUCAAGGUAAAUUCCUUCGCGUAAUUGUAGACUGACAGUUGCUAUGGAAUCGAUUUAGGUGAUGUAGUUUGUAGUAAAUAUUCUUUUACGAGGUCAUGAAUACGGAGCCUUUCGUGGGAAAUCGAUCUGAAAGAACCUUUCCCGCCCCUGAUUUUGGUGCAGGAGUUCAUUCUUGUGAUAUCUGUUGUAUGGAAUGAGCUGCAAUUGUACUAAGCUUCACCCUGUUGAAAUAUUGAUGUAUUCUUGUUUAGUAGCCUAGACUAAGCCAAAUGUUGUAUUAUGUAUUUUAUGUAAUUUUCUCCUAUAUUAAUAUUGACGAAAGAUUUUCUCA